GUGUAGAGGAAAGGGGAAGUGACAGGCAGGUGAUCUGCAGCGGGUGCUGUUUGUGCGGAGCCCGGCUGGUCCACGACGCAGGAUGGGGUGCCGAAGCAGCCCUGCCAUGAAAGACACCCCUGAUCUCAACCGGCACCGCCAACACAGUGACCUUGCGGUGGCAGAUCAGCCCAACUUUGGAGAGAUCUCAGACCAGAACCAGCAGGUGUGGGCCCUCCAGGGUAAGACGCUCGUGGCCAUCCCUCGGAGUGACAACAAGGCUGCAGCGACGGUCGUGAUUCUGCCGUGCAAGUACCCGCAGUCUCUCGAGCAAGGCAAAGGGGUCCCCAUUUAUUUGGGAAUAGAGAGUCCGGAAAUGUGUCUGUGUUGUGAGGACGCCGGAGGACAGCACUUGUUGCAGCUGAAGGAGCAGAAGAUAAUGGAUCUGUACCACCGUGCCGAGCCGGUGAAGCCCUUCCUCUUCUACCACAGCAGGCCUGGCAGGGCCUCCACCUUCGAGUCCGUGGCCUUCCCCGGCUGGUUUAUCGCCUCCUCGGAGAGAGACCAGCCCCUGCUGCUCACUUCGGAGCUGGGGACCAAGUUCAACACUGCCUUCGACUUGGAGAUAAAGGCUUGAACUCAGGGCGGCAGAGGCAGUCUGGUUAAAGGAUUUUGUCUUAAAUUUUCUCAGUGUUGCUUUCAUACCAGUGCCUCGAGGCGAGCAGAGCUGAGGAGACGCAGCGCCUUCAUGUUACCUAAAGAGCGGCCGUGGGGAUGGGGGAUCCAUGGCUCUCCCUCGAGCCGAGCGGCCGAGCCCGUGAGGUGCCUGGACGGGGCUCAGCUCAGAGCUCCUCAAGGCCACCCGAGGUUGUCGGACUGCGUGGAGCUGAGUUUGUUUCUGUUCUGUCUUGUCUCCUUCACCGUUUGGAUUAAAUCCCAUCAUCUUUAUAUGCUGCCGUGUCCUUCAAUGUGUAUAAUUUAGU